UCUGCUUAUCUUAAAGCCAUACGUUUCGCUUGGACACCACUUUGAUUACACUUUCCUAAAUUGAUGGAUAUUUUCUCCAGAUCUCCAGCUUUGCACAGACACAUGAGACUCUGUUUCUUAGAAAAAACAUGAACAAACCAUCUUCACUUCAUUUGUUACUCAUAGCGAUGCUCAUUACCGCGACAAUCACUUUGAUGAGUCAAGCUACAGGUAACGUCCACCCUCUUAUUCUAAUUCCAGGAAACGGAGGUAACCAGCUAGAGGCACGACUGGACCGAGACUACAAACCAAGCAGCAUCUGGUGUAGCAGCUGGUUAAACCCGGUCCGUAAGAAGAGUGAUGGAUGGUUCAGGCUAUGGUUUGAUGUAUCAGUGUUAUUGUCUCCCUUCACCAAAUGCUUCAACGAACGAAUGAUGUUGUACUAUGACGCCGAUUUAGAUGAUUACCAAAACGCCCCUGGUGUCCAGACCCGGGUUUCUCAUUUCGGUUCGACCAAAUCACUUCUUUACCUCGACCCUCGUCUCCGAGAUGCUACAUCUUACAUGUCACAUUUGGUGAACGCUCUAGGCAAAGGAUGUGGGUAUGUUAACGACCAAACCAUCCUUGGAGCUCCAUAUGAUUUCAGGUACGGCCUAGCCGGGUCGGGCCACUCGACCCGUGUAGCAUCACAAUAUCUACAAGACCUCAAACAGUUGGUAGAGAAAGCUAGCAGCGAGAACGAUGGAAAGCCAGUGAUACUCCUCUCCCAUAGCCUAGGAGGCCUUUUCGUCCUCCAUUUCCUGAACCGUAGCUCCCCUUCAUGGCGCCGCAAGUACAUCAAACACUUUGUUGCACUCGCUGCGCCGUGGGGCGGAACCGUUGAGCAGAUGAGGACGUUUGCUUCUGGAAACACACUCGGUGUCCCUUUUGUUAACCCUUUGUUGGUCAGGCCGCAACAGAGAAGGUCCGAGAGUAACCAGUGGCUACUUCCACAUUCCAAAGUGUUCCACGACAGAACUAAACCGCUUGUGGUUACUCCCCGGGUGAACUACACAGCUUAUGAGAUGGACAGGUUUCUUGCAGACAUUGGGUUCUCUGAAGGAGUUGUACCUUACAAGACAAGAGUGUUGCCUUUAACAGAGGAAAUGGUGACUCCGGGAGUGCCGGUGACUUGCAUAUAUGGGAAAGGAGUUGAUACGCCGGGGGUUUUGGUGUAUGGAGAAGGAGGGUUUGAUGAGCAACCAGAGAUUAAGUAUGGAGAUGGAGACGGCACGGUUAACUUGGCGAGCUUAGCAGCUUUGGAGUUGGUUCACGAAGUUGAGAGCUUGAAAACCGUAGAGAUUGAUGGAGUCUCGCAUACCUCUAUACUUAAAGAUGAGAUGGCACUUAAAGAGGUUGUGGAGCAGAUAAAGAUUAUUAAUUCUGGAUUAGCUAAGAGUAGACGAGGACAGUCAAUUAGUCAGGUUGAAAGUAAGUAGAACUAGUUUGUUUUCGUUAUAUACAUUAAAUGUUGUCUAAAGUGGUAAUGAUCUUCUCAUUCAACAACUGAAACAAAAUAUGUGACUGUGA